UUUGCUGUAGGUAUAACAUUUUCGGAUGGUGAGUUUAAUGCCGAUGGGAAAAACACAGUGGUAAAGCAUCUAAUAGUGUGUAUUUGAUUGAUUAACUUUGUACAAAGAAGGUGUAGAAAAUGAGAGCCCCCGCGCAUAAGCAUUUUACGGUACGUUUGCGACAGACGCCUGACGUCGGGCGGCGUGACAUUUCGCGGUUGUCGAGGUGAGCGGUGAUGUAUGUAAAGAUGGGAAAGUGCAAAUUUAACGACAAAUGGAUGGAAAAGGAUGUAUUUAGGAUGUGGCUGGCACCAGCCAAAAACAAAAAUGAGGCAAUGUGCAAAUUCUGCAAAAAAACUUUUUCUUUAGGCACCAUGGGGGUCAAAGCCGUCGAGUCGCACAUGAAGGGAGGAAAGCACCUGCAGUAUAUGGCCGCAGCUAAUAGCAAGCCCGGGCUAAUCCCUGCAUUGUUUGCAGCUCCACCUAAUGUUGCAAGUUCAGACGCCACCUCUCAGUCGACUAUUAAAAGCUUUGUUUCACCGCCAGAGACCCAGAAGGCAGAGGUAAUGUGGGUUCUCCAUACCGUAAUGAGGCACAAUUCAUUUAAAUCUAAUGAGGAGAUAAGUGAAGUCUUUGCUGCCAUGUUCCCCGAUUCCCAGCUUGCAAAGUCAUUCAGCUGUGGUGAAAAUAAAACUGCAUAUAUCGCCAAAUAUGGCAUUGCUUCGUUCAUCAAGAAGGAGCUAUCGCGCAGCGUUAGUGAGAAGCCGUAUGUUAUCAUGUUUGACGAAAGCAUGAAUAAAACGACAAAGAAUAAACAAAUGGACCUUCAUUUGCGGUUCUGGACUACUGAUGAUGAGACGGGCACACACCAUGUCAUCUCCCGCUACUAUAGGUCGGAGUUUAUGGGUCACUCGAGAGCCGAGGACAUGUUGGGACAUUUCAGUGAAGGUACAAAAGAGCUGAAUCUGAACAACAUGCUCUCACUCUCGAUGGAUGGGCCCAGUGUUAAUUGGAGGUUUGUUGAACUCUUACAAGAGGAACACAGAGAGCAGUGUGGUGGAGCCCAACUACAAAUAAUUGGAAGUUGUGGCCUUCACACAAUGCACAACUCAUUCAAGAACGGCUUCACGGUUUGGCAAGUUGAAAAAGUUCUGAAAGCCCUGCACUACCUGUUUCAUUAUGCACCUGCAAGGAGGGAAGACUUUGUGUUAUUGACCAAGUGUGAUAGAUUUCCUCUGCCAUUUUGUGGACAUCGCUGGCUGGAAAACCUUCCAGCAGUUGAGAGAGCCAUUGAAAUUUGGCCAUAUAUUGUCUCCUAUGUGGAUCAGGUCAAAGCCAAGAAGCUCCCCAAUCCAAGGUCAUCAUCGUAUGACACCAUCGCAGAAGCACGGAUGGAUCCCAUUAUCCUGGCAAAGUUGCACUUCUUCAUGAGUAUCUCAAGAACUUUUCAGCCAUUUCUCACCAAGUACCAGACAGAUGCCCCGAUGAUUCCCUUCUUAGGCAGAGAUUUGGAGGAUCUAAUCAGGAGCCUUCUCAGGCGGUUUAUAAAGCGAGAUGUUCAGGUUGAUGUUUCCCCAGUAAAUCUGGUCAAGCUUGAUGUGACAGACCAAAAAUUUUGGGUCAGUCCAAAGCAAGUGGACAUUGGCUUGGGAGCCACAGCUGCCCUCAAGGUGAUAAGAUUGCACAACAGUUUCAGAAGUUCCUGUUUAAUGAGGCCAGAGGAGAGGAAUUCAUGGUCUUCAGUGCAUUGGAUGGGACAUUGCGAGUUGACAGCUUCCUGCAUAAGGCCAUGAAUGGAUAUGCAGAACUUUGGAGCUUUGUGGAAAAGCUACUGCUUCUGUCCCAUGGACAAGCCACUGUGGAGCGUGGAUUCUCCAUAAACAAGGAGGUGGAGAUGUGCAAUAUGAACGAGGACACUAUAGUCUCACAGAGACUGAUCUGCGACUAUGUGAGGAUGUGUGGUGGAGUGGUCAAAGUGCCACUAACUAAAGAGCUGCUAAAUGAAUGUGCAACUUCACGCAACCGGUAUAGGAUCUUCUUGGAAGAUGAGAGGAAGAAAAAGGAAAAGGCAAAACAGAUGAACAAGAGAAAAGGGGCUGAAAAUGAGCUUGAACAGCUACGCAAGAAAAGAAGAACAAUCUUAACUGUGUGUGACUGUUACGACCUGUAGCGAUCUAGGGGUGACAGGGGAUGCAACAUUAUAAUACUUAAAAUAAUUAAAUAACAACAAGGAAAACAAUCUAUCCAAAGCACACUAUUUAUUUGUUGAAUUCAGAAUCAAAACGAAAACCACAACAAAAAGAAAACCAGCUCUAAGCAAACUCUGUAAAGAAAAGAACAAAAACGAUUAGACCAAUAACCGAUAAAGUAUAUAACAAUACACAACAAUCUUAACCUAAAGAAACACACAAUCUCUAUCAAACAGAGACCGCUUCCAACUUCAAACACACACGCUCGAACAAAGCACAGCGUGCAAACGACACGCCCGCUCUCCUUCCGGUCCUCACUUUCCAGCCUUUUAUACGCUGGCAAAUAAUGCCGGUACCUGAAACACACACACACACAUACAACAAACACACUAGAAUGUCCCCAGUCGUAACAGUGACACUCUAGAGAAGGAGGCAGAUAGCCUUGCAGAGAAGGCUGAGAAUACAGCUGGGACCAAGAUGGCAGAGCUCAUCACUAAAUCCAACACCAUGAGAAAAAGAUGCAAGGACAAGAGAGGGGAGUUGAUGGACCUAGACCAUGAAAUUGAGAAGAGAGUGGCAGAGCUAUGCUACAUGUCUUGAAGAGAAUUUUGACCUCUUGAAUUUGACCUGUUCAUUGGUUUCUCUCUAAGAUUCAUGUGAUAACAUUUUGUGUUGUUUUGCAAACAAGCUGUUUUGAGGACUUUUUUUUAGCUUAUAUUUACAACGCAGUAUGCUUUACGUGUUAUUUUAUAAUUCUGUAUGGUUUCUACAUGCAAGUCAGUGUGUUGUUUAAUGUAAUGCAGCUUAUGUAUCUUAU